GCGCUGGGAGCGCUGGAACCCCGCGCUCGGCGUCCGCCGCCGCCGGGUGGCCGGGCAGUGGAGGUCCCGGAUGAGGCGACAAUUUUUCCGGCCCCCCUCCCAGUCCCGCCCCACUUCCGGGGCCGCCACUUUCACUUUCUCUUCCGCCGAAGCCGCUCCGCUUGCGAAGAACUGGGGCCUCCUGGGAGGAGAGAGGGCUUUGCGUUGAAACCCAGGACGCCAGGAGUGCUCCCGCAAGUGGGGGUCCUCCGGGACUUGGAACGCCCUGGCUGGGCGGUGUCCGGGCGUCCUUUCCCCGCUUCUCCCCACCUCGGCUGGUCCCGUUUCUUCUUGCGCCCAGUGCGGACUUGUCUCGGCGCCCGCUGCCCUCUCACCGCCCCACUCGGGAUCCCGGCCUGGUCACCAGGCAGUGUGAUGCUUCCCGAUUGCCGCGGGGACAGCGAGGCACAGACAGAACUUGGGCCGCGCCGGAGGCCACACGGCCUGGCUGAGUUGCUCCUGGUCUCCCGCCUCUCCCAGGCGACCCGGGGGUAGCAUUUCCCAGGAGGCACGGUCCCCCGCAGGGGGAUGGGCGCAGCCACACCAGAUGGACGAGAAGACCAAGAAAGGCUGUGGGUGCGCGUGGAAGAUGCUCAGAUGCACACUGUCACCAUCUGGCUCACAGUGCGCCCUGAUAUGACAGUGGCAUCCCUCAAAGACAUGGUUUUUCUGGACUAUGGCUUCCCACCAGUCUUGCAGCAGUGGGUGAUUGGGCAGCGGCUGGCACGAGACCAGGAGACCCUGCACUCCCAUGGGGUGCGGCAGAAUGGGGACAGUGCCUACCUCUAUCUGCUAUCAGCCCGCAACACCUCCCUCAACCCUCAGGAGCUGCAGCGGGAGCGGCAGCUGCGGAUGCUGGAAGAUCUGGGCUUCAAGGACCUCACGCUGCAGCCACGGGGCCCUCUGGAACCAGGUCCCCCAAAGCCCAGGGUCCCCCAGCAACCCGGAUGGGGGCAGCCAGAUGCAGUGCCUGAGCCCCCACCGGUGGGCUGGCAGUGCCCCGGGUGCACCUUCAUCAACAAGCCUACACGGCCUGGCUGUGAGAUGUGCUGCCGGGCACGUCCCGAGGCCUACCAGGUCCCCGCCUCAUACCAGCCCGACGAGGAGGAGCAAGCACGCCUGGCGGGCGAGGAGGAGGCGCUGCGUCAGUACCAGCAGCGGAAGCAGCAGCAGCAGGAGGGGAACUACCUGCAGCACGUCCAGCUGGACCAGAGGAGCCUGGUGCUGAACACCGAGCCCGCCGAGUGCCCCGUGUGCUACUCGGUGCUGGCGCCCGGCGAGGCCGUGGUGCUGCGUGAGUGUCUGCACACCUUCUGCAGGGAGUGCCUGCAGGGCACCAUCCGCAACAGCCAGGAGGCGGAGGUCUCCUGCCCCUUCAUUGACAACACCUACUCGUGCUCGGGCAAGCUGCUGGAGAGGGAGAUCAAAGCGGUAAGGCCUUGGGGUGGGAGACAUACCCCAGUCCUAAGGAACUGGGCCCGGAGCAGGCAGGUAGGGACUGGCUCAGGCAGCAGGCAUCUUUUCUUUCUUUUUCUUUUCUUUUUUUUUUUUUUUUUUUGGAGAUGGGGGUCUCCCUAUGUGGUCCAAGCUGGUCUCAAACUCCUGGGCUUAAGCGAUCAUCCAUCCUUGGCCCUCCAGACAUUUUUCAAGAGAUUUGUCUAUGUGGGGUGCUGAGACCCCAAGCAGAGAAAGAAUUGAGGGGAGUAGCUAGUCAAGAAACCACAUCUAUGAAGGAAAGACAGCAGAGUUGUUA